AACAUCCAGUUUAGACAGGUUCUACAGCAGUAAACAAAAGGAACUAGAUCAAAUGGACAUUUCUAUUUAUUUGCCAAACAAUUAUAAUAAAUUUAAAUAUUUAUAUGGAAAGAAACGAAAGGAAUUAAGGAAUAAACAGCAAGUUCUGUCAUAUUACGUCACAAAAUGUACAAAUAUCGAAGGAAAUGCCGGUGAUUUGAGUUUAUUAGGAUGUUGUGGAAGUGACAAUUUUAAUAAAGGAGAAUUUAACAUAAUUACAAGCUAUGGAACCAAGAAAAUAGAGGAUAUUAGGAUAUAUGACAGACAAUCCAGAACAGCACUAGUAUAUUUUUAUGAUCCAAGCUCAUUUAGUGAAUUUAAUGUGAAUGACUAUGAGCAAGAAUCAAUCGAUCGACAUUUCUUCCUUUAUCUUCCAUUUGUGCUACAGUCGCAACAAAACUCAGGAUUAUUCAACUUAUCGUUGCUUCUAUUCACAUUAUUAGACAAUUUCUCGACAAUCCUAGCUAAGCUGCUAGUUCCAUUUUCAUUUAUAUUUUACAAAACUGCAGUAUAUCAUCAUUCAAGAAUUUGGAAGAAAGUACUGACUGAAAGGAGGCUCAGAAAUGGAACAAUUGUGUUCGAUAUAGUUUUAGGAAUUAUUGUGUACAUGCUGAUUAGGCAUUUGGACAAUCCAGAAGAUUAUUUCAUGAGUGUGACAGAAUUUGUACUCGACAAGCUUAGAAUGCUACUCGAUGAACUUGCUGAUUCUCCGGUUGGUCUUAAACUCAACAUCCAGCUCAAUAAUUUCCUGCAUAGCUGUUUUAUGUAUCACGUAGACUUGUGGUGGAAUUUCAUUAUCAUUUUGGAACCAGCCAUUCACUACCUCUUUAUGCCAAUUAAAAUAUUCGGAUUGCUCGGCUUUUCAUUCCAAUGUGCUAUGCUGUGUGACAUAAUCACACUUAUAACACUUCAUGCUCAUUGUUUCUACAUUUAUGCUGCUAUGCUCUACAAAACUGAACUAGUCAGUUUGAGGUCUCUUUGGAGGAUCGUUCUUGGACGGAGAUAUAAUGUGCUGAAGAAAAGAAUCGAGUCACAAGAAUAUUCAAAUCGUCAAUUAUUCCUUGCAACAUUGUUCUUUACAACAUUGCUAUUCUUACUGCCAACAAUCAUUAUUUAUUAUGUCGUCUUUGCAAUUCUGAGACUUAUGAUCUACAUAAUAACGUACAUCCUCAUGAAACUCCAAAGGAUCGUGCUUAUGCUGCCACUUUACACAUACUUUAGGUGGAUUGUUGGAUUUCAUCGUGAUCUUAACAACAUUUCGUUCAAUUUAAUGUCUUAUGGAUCGUUAAGCAACAUUGAAGUUUAUCAAUUUCAAUUAGAAGUACUAAAAUCAUCGCCAUGGAAGUUUUCGUCGUAUAAGAAAGAAUUUAAGGAUAACUUUAGUCAGCCACUUCCAAUAAAUAAAUUUGCUAUAAACUUAUUAUACGGUGACUUAAUGGCAUUCUUACCAAAUAAUGAAAAUACGUAAUAUGAGAAAAUAG